GGCAACUUCUCGAGGAAUUCUCGCGACAUAUACAUGGAGGACCGGUGCACCCUUGCUGCGGAGUGUUUAACCGGCCACGGUCAGCAUCAAAGGUCGUACCUCGAUCUGAACGACUGCUUCACCAAUACUGAUGGGCGCUUGCUUUGGUCAAAGGGUGGUGACUUCGCGGCGAGUGCGAGACACAUUCACCUGACGGAAGGCGGCAGAGCGCUUGAGGCUGAGCUUGGUGAUGGAAGGGGUGGAUGGAUCCACAACAAGGUGUACUUGGACGAGCGGAUCUCGAACGAUGGUGGUAGGUUGGUGAUGCUGUAG